UGUCUUCAUCUUUGGUCACAUUUUCUUGAGCUAGGCAUUCAGUUUGAAAGAGACUUUUAAGAGGGGGAAAUAGAUUGAAUGAUAUGACUGCAACAUAGAACAGCUUCAGAAUAGCCAAAAAGAAAAGCUAAAUCUCCACGAUGGGAUGCAUUCAAAGCUUCAGGGAAUUCUGUGAUCGUCCUAAAAAUACAAAUGUUCGACUAAGUCUUCCAGCAGUGUGUAUAGUGUGGCAAACAGCCAUGAUCAUCUUGUUUGGAGUUUUUAUUCGUUAUGACGAGGAGUCUGAUCCGCACUGGAUAGAGCACAGGAAAGCAGAAAAUAUAUCAAGUGACAUUGAGAAUGAUUUCUACUUCAGAUAUCCAAGUUUUCAAGAUGUCCAUGUGAUGAUCUUUGUGGGCUUUGGCUUUCUGAUGACUUUUCUUAAGCGCUACAGCUUCGGCGCCGUGGGUUUCAACUUCCUUAUUGCAGCGUUUGGCCUCCAAUGGGCAUUGCUAAUGCAAGGCUGGUUCCACUCCUUGGAUUACACUGACGGGAAGAUCAAAAUUGGUGUUGAAAAUUUAAUUAAUGCAGAUUUCUGUGUGGCGGGGUGUUUGAUUGCUUAUGGAGCUGUGCUGGGUAAAGUCAGUCCAGUCCAGUUGAUGGUAUUGACUCUAUUUGGAAUCACAUUGUUUGCCGUGGAGGAAUACAUCAUCCUCAAUGUCAUACACGCUCGUGAUGCAGGAGGCUCCAUGGUGAUCCACACAUUUGGAGGUUAUUACGGCCUUGCUAUCUCGUGGAUGCUCUAUCGACCCAACCUGGACCAAAGCAGUCGUCUGCAGGGCUCAGUGUACCACUCAGAUGUCUUUGCUAUGAUUGGUACUCUCUUCUUGUGGAUGUUCUGGCCCAGUUUCAAUUCAGCAAUCACCGACCACGGGGACGGCCAGCACCGAGCCGCCAUCAACACCUACCUAGCCUUGGCUGCAACGGUGCUCACCACUGUGGCCUUCUCGAGCCUCUUUCAGAAACAUGGCAAACUAGACAUGGUUCACAUUCAAAACUCUACACUGGCCGGCGGUGUUGCAGUCGGAACUGCAGCAGAAUUCAUGCUGAUGCCAUAUGGGUCGCUGAUAGUUGGGUUCUGCUGCGGAAUUGUGUCAACGUUGGGUUACAUAUUCCUCACGCCAUUUAUGGAGAAGCACCUGAAAAUUCAGGACACGUGUGGAAUCCACAACCUCCAUGCCAUGCCUGGGGUCAUAGGUGGUAUAGUGGGUGCGAUUACUGCUGCGGCUGCAUCCGACUCUGUGUAUGGUAAAGAAGGGCUGAUCAACACUUUUGAUUUUGAGGGGGAUUUUGAAGAGAUGACCCCCACGAGGCAGGGGGGUCACCAGGCUGCAGGCAUCUGUGUGGCUGUCUGCUUCGGUGUAGGUGGAGGCAUCAUGGUUGGUUUUAUUUUAAGGUUGCCAAUCUGGGGGGACCCAGCCGACGACAACUGCUUUGAAGAUGAAGUCUACUGGGAGGUGCCUGACGAGGAGGAAAGUAUUCCACCAGUACUGCAGUACAACAAUCACAUGCUCAACAAAGAUGUAACGGAGUCCAAUUUCACCUUGGAGCAGAACUGACCCAAUAUCUUCAUUCUGAGGCUUUGCUGUCCUUUGUUGGUUCCUUUUUAUUCUCUCAAUAGACAGAAAGAAAAUUCCUUAGAAUUUUUUCCCUCAUCCAGUCCAUGUCUGUAAAUUGGAAAAGUUUGUCAAAAGAAGAAUUCAGCUCAAACAUGUACAUAUAAAACAUGGGCAUGUAAUUUUUUUGUAUCGUUGAAAAAUUCCCACAAAGCUUCAACUGAAUAAUUACACAAUUUCCAUUCACAGUACAUAUUCGGCCUGUUUAAGAAGCAAGACACAAUUCGGCUGUUGUGUAUUCAUUGCUCAGCUCAUAUUAGUUUAUUGUUGUUUGGGAAGAUUUUCAUCUAGAGUUAAUACCAUGUUUAUGCCGAUUACAAUAUUUUGUGUGUAAUUAUAGGUAAAAUA